AUGACUGAUAUCUCUCAGAUUUUCAAAGGCACUCAGAUCGCCCUUCCUGGCUCCGUAGCUCUCCGGCUGAACGCGACUACAUGGGUAAUCGACGAGGAGCUUUAUGAGAAUAGAAUCGAUGGAGUGCGUGAGCCUACUUCUGAUCCUGACGAACAACCAUCCGGUUGGGAGGCUAAGUAUCUAUGUCACAAUCACCAUUUCCCAUAUAAUCAAGCCUUUAUGAGAGUCUACUGUCAAGGUCCUGAUGAGGGAACAAAAUUCCUUCUGCCGGAAGUUCGAGCCCAACAGGCAAAUCCUCAUUUUGAAAAGCAGGAAGCUAAAGCUCGGAAGAAGUUCAGACAAGGUGGAUGCAAAAGUGUACCUUCACUACUUGGAUAUGGCCAAUCCGUGCAAGGGGAACACGGACCUGUACCCGGAGGAUACAUAACCUAUCUUGUUUGGGAAAAGGUCCGCGGACAGGUCCUCACUCCGGAGAUAUUCUGGUCAUUCGAGCGACCAAAACGUGAUCUCGUUCGCCGAAAGUUCCGGGCUGCAUAUGAGGAAAUGUCGUCCUUUGGCUGGGGUCCAGGAGGGGAGAACAUCACAAAGAUUAUAUGGGACAAAGAAUCCGCCGAUCUAUGGAUCUCGGGGUUUCGCAGUUCGUAUCCAACUGACGAAAAGUGGGAGGAUUGCAUUCUGGCUUAUUACCGCUUGGUCAAGCCACCCGCGUCCGGCGUU